AUGUCUCAAGAACAAUAUUCUGAAAAUUUAAAAGUCAUCGUUGCCGAGAAAUUAAACGGUGUAGAAAAUUUCAACGAGGAUGUUAAGUACGUCGCCGAGUAUAUCGUGCUACUGAUCAUGAAUGGUGGUACUGUUGAAACUGUAGUCCAAGAACUAUCAACGUUAUUCGAUACCAUCUCAUCGGUUGCACUAGUGAACGUGGUUCAAACAGCAUUUUUUGCAUUAGAAGCGCUUCAACAAGGUGAACCGGUUGAAAAUAUCGUUAAUAAGAUCCGUGAAAUGAAUGCAGCUGCUAGCGUAACACCCGUCCCACAACCAGUCGCUCAAGAGCAAACGCAAGAGCAACCGCAACAACAACCAAUGGUUGAUGUUGCUAUGGGUCAAACACCUGCACAAGCUCAGGUGGCACCAACGACAACGUCUGCUUUUGCCGGGAUUGUACCACAAGUAGAAACUUCCUCCUCCAGAAGAGAAGAAUUUACCCCUUCAUAUAGUUCUUCUAAAUUCGAAUCACGUCAUAACCAACGUGGAGGCAUAGGUAAAACAAGAGGAAGAAACGGCCGCGGGGGUACUACUAGUCGUAACAACCGCUAUGAAAAAUUCAAUAAUGGUAGUGGCAAGUCGAAUCCAUUGGCAAGAGCGUUAGGAAUGGCCGAUGAUAGCAUUAAUUUUGUUAACCAAAAGAAAGAAGGACGUUGUAAACUUUUCCCACACUGCCCAUUAGGUAGAUCAUGUCCACAUGCACAUCCUACCAAAGUUUGUAGUGAAUAUCCAAAUUGUCCCAAGGCACCUGGUACUUGUGAAUAUUUACAUCCAGAAGAAGACGUAGAACUGAUGAAGGAGAUCGAUAGAACUCGUGAAGAAUUUAGAAAGAGAAGAGAUGCAUUAAUUGCCUCAAGAACCAAACCAAUCCAAACUGGUAUUGUUCUUUGUAAGUUUGGUUCUGUUUGUUCGAAUCCAUCAUGUCCAUUUGGUCAUCCAACACCUGCUAAUGAAGAUGCGAAGGUUAUUGACUUAGCUUGGUGCCCUGCUAAUCUAGAAUGUAAGGAUACAAACUGUACAAAAGCACAUUCUUCCUUAUCAAAGAUUAAGGACGUUCAACCAAUCGGUCGUAUCAAAUCUGCAGCUAUUGCCACUACUUACAACGGAUCGCCUUCACCAGCCGUGACUGGUCCUCGUCCACCUGUCGAAAAGGUCUUAGAGCAAUGCAAAUACGGUACUCAUUGUACUAACAAACGUUGUAAAUUCAGACACGCACGUUCACAUAUUAUGUGUCGUGACGGAGCUAAUUGUACUAGAAUCGAUUGUCUCUUCGGUCACCCAAUCAAUGAAGAUUGUAAAUUCGGUCUCGAAUGUAAAAACGCUUACUGUUUAUUCAGACAUCCAGAAGGAAGAGUAUUACCUGCUCCAAAGAGUGAGAACGGAUCAACUCCUAGUUGGGCACCAUCUCAAACUGGUCCAACUAAUGAGAGACCAUUUGCCCUACCAGAGGGCUCUCAUAUUGAACCUGCUCCUCGUCAAGAAGCCCAAGUCCCUUUCCCGGCUACUGAGGGACAAGAUACCGAAAUGAAUUAG